UUACUAGUUAGUCUUAUUCUUUGAGAUGAAUUGAGUGAGCGUGUGUUGGAAUAAUGACACUUUUAAACGAAUAUCAAAAUAGUACGUCGUUGAGAAAAAGAUUUAAAAACUAUACCAAAAAUACCUGUAGCACGAAAUUAUUAAAGAAACGACUGCCAAUUAUUAAAUGGCUUCCGAAAUACAGCAUACCUUUUUUUAUUCAAGAUAUAAUAGCAGGAAUAACAGUUGGACUCACAGCAAUUCCUCAAGGUAUAGCAUAUGCAGUUGUAGCUGGACUCUCACCAGAAUAUGGACUUUAUGCAUCACUAACAUCUGGAUUUGUUUACAUAAUUUUUGGUAGUUGCAAGGAUGUGACAGUUGGACCUACAGCGAUAGUUUCAGCUCUAGUUGCAAAGUAUGUGGCAGGUUACUCAUCAGAUUUUGCGAUUCUGGCGGCAUUCUUAUCUGGUGUGCUUAUCUUAUUGAUGGGUAUUUUCAAUCUCGGUUUUUUAGUAGAAUUUAUAUCAAUGCCCGUGAUAAAAGGAUUUACUAUUGCUGGUGCUCUUCAAAUUGCCUCAUCGCAACUGAAGUCAUUCUUUGCUCUAGCUGGUUCAUCAGGAAAUUAUUUUGCAGAAUCUGUCUACAAUUUUGCUAUAAAUAUUAAGACUGCAAGACUUUGGGAUCCCAUACUUGCUACAGUUACAAUCAUCAUGCUCAUACUAUUACAAAAACUUGGUGUAGGCUGCAAACGUACUGAUGGCUUAUUGAAACAAAUAAGAUGGUUUACAUCGCUUGGUCGAAAUGCUGUGGUUGUUAUUAUUGGGAUGUGCGUGGCAUAUGUUAUAAAGAUAACGACAGACAGUGAGCCUUUAGCUUUAGUUGGUGAGAUUGGUAAUGGUUUGCCUAAUAUUGGACUUCCGCCAUUUAAUACAAUAGUUGGCAAUGAAACUUAUUUAUUUUCUGAUAUGCUGCAAGUACUAGGUCCGCAAUCAAUUGUUCUGCCUUUAGUUAUAAUUUUAGAAUCUGUGGCUAUAUCAAAAGCCUUUGCUGAAGGGGGUAAAGUAGAUGCCACUCAAGAAAUGAUUGCCCUUGGACUUUGUAAUAUUAUUGGAUCAUUUGCUCGAAGUAUGCCAAUAACAGGAUCAUUUACUCGUACAGCUCUAAAUUAUGCAUCUGGAGUUCAAACGCAGGCUGGUGGUGUCACAAAAUGCCUGCUUAUAAUUGUGGCACUUACUUUUUUGACUUCCACAUUUUACUAUAUACCUAAAGCAUCACUAGCAGGUUUGAUAAUAGUGGCGAUGUUUUCGAUGAUCGAUUAUGAGAUAUUUCCUAAACUUUGGAAAGCCAGCAAAAGAGAGUUUUUUCUUUUAUUAAUCACAAUAAUUGUGUGCUUAUGUGCAGGUUUAGAAUACGGAAUUGUUACAGGUGUUGUAACUGAAGCAUUAAUGUUAUUAUUUAACCGAUCUAGGCCAGUAAUAGGAGUGCAUACAUUAAAACAUGAUACAGGAGAUAUAACUCUUAUUUCUUUACCAGAAGUUAUAUCGUAUUGUGCUGCUGAGCAUCUAAGAAGAUUACUCUUCAAGGUUUCUUUAAAAUUUGAUAUUAAUUGUGUAACAGUUAUUGAUGGAACUAAUCUCAGAAGUAUGGACUCUACUGUAGCCACAAAUAUAUUAUCCGUGAUCGAGGAUUAUCAAAAAAGAGGACGAUGUGUUUGGCUCUUGAAUUUUAAUUGCAAUGUGCAGAAACUGUGUACUGUUAUUAAUGGAAAUAUAGCUGAUAAAUUUGUUAGUGCUCCAAAUGCGCUAGAUUUAGCUGUUGCAUUUCAUAAAAGAGUUUAAAGGUUAACAUUUAUUCCAUAAUAAUUAUAUUUAUACUGAUUUAUAAGUAUGUUACAAGAAUUUAUAAAUAAUAAUAAAUUGCUCGAGUACAAUUAGAAAUCUCUAAUAACAAAUUGUUAUUACAUUAUGUGAUGCUGUAUGUAAGAAUUAAAAAGAUUUCUAACAUAAUACACUUUUUCAUUGAAAUGGAUCAGAAAUCCUACUGAUAUUAAAAUAUGGAAAGGCUAUAUGUCUCA